AUGGACACGUCCACCAUAUUCGACUCCCUCCGCCUCAUCGGCCGCUACAUCGCCCUCCUCGGCCGCCUCCUCACGCUGCCCCUCCGACUGCUCAUCUGGAACCCCCUGUCGUACCUCCUGUCGUACCUCUUGAGCGCCCUGCGCAUCGUCUUCUUCCCCGUCUUUUACCUCAUCGCGUAUGUAGCCGGCUGGUUGCGCGGAGUCGUUGACUUGAUCACUGCUCUCCAGCCAAUAUACACAUUCCUCGCUACCGCCGCCCUCGUCGGAGCCCUGGCCGGCCUCGCCCUCGCCACGUCCUCCACCGUCAUCACCUCCUACCUCGGCAUGCAAGGAGACAUUAUUACUAGGAGCAACGUGAACGGCAAAGAAGCUCGCUCUCGCAACCCCCAAGACAAGGAUUAUCUCUCCUCGUCCAAUAACACCCUUGUCAAGGAUGACUCGUCUUCCAAUGAAGGCGAGUGGUACUGGCCGACGGAUCCUUCUCCUUCGAGGCGCCGUCCUGCAACUGGGCUCCUGUCACAGACGAUUCUGGAAGAAGAGGACGACUCUGAUGCCUGA